AUGGGCAAGUCUAGUUCUCCUGCUUCUUCUGCUUCUGCAUCUGCUUCUGUUUCUGCUUCACAUUACUACGACUUCGCUGCUAAUUUCUUCCAUGACGUAGUCCCUCUUACUAGACCUCACCAGAGAUGGCGCUUGGCUUUCAAAGUCAUCUACUCCACUCGAGCCCUCCUCUCUCUUCUUGUCCACAGAAAGAAUCAGAUUCUCAUCCAUCUCUCCCAUUCUCCUUCUUACGCCGUUCUUGACAUUAAUGAUCUUGACUACACCGAUUCCACACCUUCCUCCAAUUUUGAUCACGAAAGCCUAAUUACCCUCGUAAAGGAAAAGAACUUGGGAAUUCUUGAUCAGUUUGGAGGUGUCGAUGGAGUUGCUGCUGCUCUCGAAGUUGAUUGCAAAGAUGGAAUCCAUGGUAGCACCGAAGAGGUCGCUCGCCGUUGCAAUGCAUUUGGGUCUAAUACUUAUCAAAAGCCGACUGCGAAAGGGUUUUUCCAUUUCGUCUUGGAAGGUUUCAAGGACACCACAAUUAUCGUUCUUCUGGUAUGUGUUUCUCUCUCUCUUGGAUUUGGCAUCAAAGAAGAUGGGCUUAAAGAUGGGUGGUAUGAUGGUGGGAGCAUCUUUCUUGCUGUCUGUCUUGUUAUUUUCGUAUCUGCAAUUAGUAACUUCAAGCAAUCGAAACAAUUUGAAAAGCUCUCUGAGAAAAGCAACGACAUUAGUGUUGAUGUCAUCAGAGACGGCAGGCGGCAACAGAUAUCAAUCUUUGGCAUUGUCGUCGGAGACAUUGUCGUUUUGAAGAUCGGUGAUCAGAUUCCGGCAGACGGGUUGUUCUUAGAUGGCCAUUCCUUGAAAGUGGACGAGUCCAGCAUGACAGGGGAGAGCGACCAUGUGGACAUCAAUGGUGACCAGAACCCUUUCUUGAUCUCUGGAGCCAAAGUGGCUGAUGGGUACGGCAGAAUGCUUGUCACUUCUGUCGGCGUUAACACAACUUGGGGAGAGAUGAUGAAUUCAAUAACCCGUGGAACAGAGGAGCAGACCCCAUUACAAGCUCGCCUCAAUAAGCUCACUUCCUAUAUAGGUAAGGUUGGUUUGGCUGUUGCUUUCAUUGUUCUUGUUGUGAUGCUAGUUCGUUACUUCACUGGGAACACACGGGACGAAAAGGGGAAACGUGAGUUUAAUGGAAAGAAGACCAAAUUUGAUGAUGUGAUGAAUGCUGUAGUGAGUAUUGUCUCUGCUGCUGUCACAAUUGUAGUGGUGGCCAUUCCAGAAGGCUUGCCAUUGGCUGUCACUCUCACUCUGGCUUAUUCUAUGAAGAAAAUGAUGGUUGAUAAUGCUCUGGUUCGCAAACUUUCGGCUUGUGAGACAAUGGGUUCAGCCACUACCAUCUGUACAGAUAAAACUGGCACCCUCACAAUGAACCAGAUGAAGGUCACUGAGUUUUGGAUUGGUGAAGAAGCAAUCACUGAUGGUGCUUCAAAGUUAAUAGCUCCCAAUGCCCUUCAAUUGCUACAAGAGGGAGUUAGUUUGAACACAACUGGUGGUGUUUAUAGGUCUAACUCAGGAACUGUGCCUGAGUUUUCUGGUAGCCCAACUGAGAAAGCCAUUCUCUCGUGGGCUGUGUUGGAUUUGGGUAUGGAUGUAGAUGAAGUGAAGCAGAGUGGCACAGUUCUCCAUGUUGAAGCCUUCAAUUCAGAGCAGAAGCGGAGUGGAGUUUUGAUGAAAAAGAACGUCAAGAAGGCGAUUUGCGUGCACUGGAAGGGAGCUGCGGAGAUUAUACUAGCUCUCUGUUCAAGCUACUUUGGCAGAACAGGGACUGUAAAACCCAUGAAUGGAGAUGCAAGGAAGAAAUUAGAGCAAAUUAUCAAAGGUAUGGCAGCUAAGAGCCUUCGAUGCAUUGCUUUUGCCCACAAACCCAUCUCAGAAGUAGAAGAAAAUGGAAAUGCCACCCACAAGCUUGAAGAAGAUGGACUGAUCUUUUUGGGCUUAGUGGGUUUGAAGGACCCAUGUCGACCUGAGGUAAGUGAGGCAGUGGAAGCUCGCAGAGAAGCUGGUGUUAACAUCAAAAUGAUCACUGGUGACAAUGUUUUCACUGCAAGAGCUAUAGCCAUUGAAUGUGGACUACUUACAGCAGAUGAAGAUUUGAACAAUGGAGCAGUGGUGGAAGGUAUAGAAUUCCGAAACUACACUCCAGAAGAGAGGAAACAGAAGGUUGAUACAAUCCGGGUCAUGGCAAGGUCUUCCCCCUUUGACAAACUUCUGAUGGUACAGUGCUUGAAAGAGAAAGACCGUGUUGUUGCAGUCACCGGCGACGGCACUAAUGACGCACCAGCACUAAAAGAAGCAGACAUCGGGCUUUCGAUGGGAAUUCAAGGCACAGAAGUGGCAAAGGAGAGCUCAGACAUUGUCAUUUUAGAUGAUAACUUCAAUUCAGUAGUCACAGUUUUGAAGUGGGGUAGGUGUGUCUACAACAACAUUCAAAAGUUUAUCCAGUUUCAGCUCACAGUGAAUGUUGCUGCCCUUGUGAUCAACUUUGUUGCCGCGGUUUCCUCUGGUAAAGUCCCAUUAACAGCAGUCCAGUUAUUGUGGGUGAAUCUGAUCAUGGAUACAUUGGGAGCUUUGGCCCUAGCCACGGAGCAGCCCACCAAGGAGCUCUUAGAGAAGCCCCCAGUUGGUCGAACUGAACCACUUAUAACCAAGGUCAUGUGGAGGAACCUCAGUGCCCAAGCAUUAUAUCAGGUAACAAUCUUGUUGAUUCUGCAGUUUAAGGGAAUGUCCAUCUUUGGUGUAGAAGAGAAGAUCAAGGACACCCUCAUCUUCAAUACCUUUGUCCUCUGCCAAGUCUUCAAUGAGUUCAAUGCAAGGAAGUUGGAGAAAAAGAACAUAUUUGAGGGGAUACAUAAGAACCGAUUGUUUCUGGGGAUUGUGGGAAUGACAAUUAUUCUUCAAGUGGUGAUGGUAGAGUCAAUGAAAAAGUUUGCAAACACAGAACGAUUGAAUUGGGGGCAAUGGUGUGCAUCUAUUGGAAUUGCAGCUUUAUCUUGGCCUAUUGGUUGGGUCGUCAAGUGCAUACCGGUUUCUGAUAAACCAUUCUUCAGCCUUCUCAAACAUUAAUAGCAGCUCAAGAUCCUGAAACAGGGACCGACAACAGCUUCAAACUUAUACAAGUGGUUUCUGUUAUUGUUUUAGACAUUUUAGCUUACAUAGAUGCCUUUCUUAGCUUCAAAUACUUCUUUCUUGUAAAUAUUAGAUGGAUUGGUACUGUUCAUAGGGAUUUUAUAGGUAAUAGGAGAAUUUCCAUUCUAACUGCUUUUGUUUGCUAGACUCUCGCUUUUUCAUUCCUCCCUUUUCAUAUGUAAAUCUCACUGAAUUUUAUGCAAAACAUCCUAUUAUUACAUUCAAA